CAGAACUUGAUGCCUUCGCACGCGGCACGGGCUCAGCUAGCGCCCGCGCAUGAGCCAUGCGCACAAGCCGAGAGGGUCUUCAGCUGCAGCGAAAGAUGGUAGAGGAACGCUCCAGAGGCCAGCGCCGGAAGCAUCUGCUCGAGGUACCUUCUGAGCCAGGAGACGGAAGCUCGUUCGUCUGGAACCUUGCCUGCGAAGAGGAGCUGCUGAGGCUACAGCAAGCCGCGGGCUUUGCGGGGCGCGCUCUGCGCUGCGGCCGGAUGGUUUGGGAGCAUUUCGCCUCGCCCUCCGAGGUGAGUGAGCUGCGGGCGUUCGCAGAGGAGUCUUUCCAGGAGCUUCAUCAUCGCGGUGCUGAAGUGUCUUUGGUUCUUCCUUCCCAAUGUGACCCAGGCACCUCAGCUGGCCCCAUGGGCAUUGAGACCUCGGCCCUGCUCGACCGUGUUCGAGCCGCUGUGUCCGGCGUCGCCAAGGCAGAUCUUCAUUUGCGCGCUGCGUUGUUGAGGCGCGUGCAGCUGCCCGCCAUCACUGGACCGCGGCAGCUCAUGCCGGAGCACGAUUCCUUCGCGGCGCAUGCGGAUCGAGCAACUGUGGCCGCUUACCACUACAGCGCCGUGCUGUACCUCAGCGGCGCAGAUGAGUUUCAAGACGGCGAGCUGGCCUUCAUGGACAGCGACGCGGAGGUGGUUUUGGCGGCGGCCAAGGGCCGGCUGCUGGCUUUCAGCUCCGGGCUGGAGAACCUGCACCGCGUGGUACCACCGAUCGGCGGGCCACGCUAUGUUCUGGCUAUGUGGUUUGGUCUCUGAGAUGCACUUAUGACGGCGAAUCGCACUUCGAAAUCAGAUGGGCGGCCCAUGCCCCAAAUGACCAAAGGUGGCUUCAAUUGACCAAAGACCAAAGACCAAAGCCGCUCAGGGUAGUUGUACAUCUUCGUCGGUCAGCCUUUCUCAUGAAAGCGCAAAGUGCCUCGAGGAAGCAACGCGUCUUGCGAGCGCUUCUCGCUGGGGCAAGCGCCCACACCCAGAGCUGCAAGUACAGAAGGUGG